UGAAUCGCACUCACCAUGAUUGAUGUCCCAGGUAGUAGAUGUUUAUUCCAUGGAAAUAAUAAGCAGCAUAAACAACGAUGAUGAAGCAGCCGCUCUCAGACGCAGGGGCACACCACAGGUGGCAACUAGUUUCGCGUCAGCCGACGCUUCUUCCAGCCAGAUUAUAAACAUAUGGCGACUGCACAGAUGCAAAGAAGCUCUGUGCCCGUCUGGCUGUUUUAUUUUCAGAGUUCAGUGACAUUACCUAAACGCAUCGCUACAGAACAACAGUCUUUGGUUCUCAUUAAGAGGCUUCUUGCUGUCUCUGUGUCAUGUAUCACUUACUUGAGGGGCUUAUUUCCUGAAUAUGCAUAUGGGACAAGAUACCUGGAAGACAUAUGCGUAAAGAUUCUAAAGGAAGAUAAAUGCUGUCCUGGCUCCACCCAGCUAGUGAAAUGGAUGUUGGGGUGCUAUGAUGCAUUACAGAAAAAAUAUCUAAGGAUGGUGGUUUUAGCACUAUACACAGACAUUAAAGAUCCACAGACUAUUACAGAAUGCUACCAGUUUAAGUUUAAAUAUUCCCCUAGUGGACCCAUUAUGGACUUUAUUAGCGAUAAAGGAAACAUUGUGUCUGCUUGCACAGAUUUCAAGAGAUCCAGCAUUAUGCUGGUUCGCAAACUGUACAUUUUGAUGCAAAAUUUGGGUCCUCUGCCAAAUGAUGUCUGUCUAACUAUGAAACUGUUUUAUUAUGAUGAAGUUACACCAAUGGACUAUCAGCCUCCAGGCUUUAAAGAAGGAACCUGUGAAGGCAUGAUGUUUGAAGGAGAACCCAUGUAUCUAAAUGUGGGUGAAGUGGCUACACCUUUUCAUACCUUAAAAGUUAGGGUUACUACUGAGAAAGACAGAAUGGAGCACAUUGAAAUGAGCAUACUAAAGGAUGCAGAAAACAAAUCUCCCAUACAGCCCAUUGAGAUGGAUGUGGACGAGGCUAAAGAUACAGGCAAUAUGGAUGAGACGCUUUAUAACGAUUCUGUUGAUUAUGAGAAAAACGACAUUACAUGUUUGAAGUUUGACGAAAUCAACCUAACUUGUCAAGAAGAUAAAAGCAUGAAAUCUGAGAACACAGCGAGUCAGAAAUCACAGAAUGAUGUGUCAGUGCAAGCUGAAUCCAGCUGUGUAGCUGAGGUACGAAAGACCAGGAGAGGACGGAUCCUUCAAGACGCGAAAAUGACAAUUUCUGAGAAAAAGCAGACAAAGGUUUCUAAGGGAGGCAAGAAAAGACAACAGCCCAACAAAGAGAAUCAGGCUUUAGAUCUUUCCUGUAGUCAAGAUGAACCCACUGUACCAAAAAGAAGAAGGUUCAGUGAGCCAAAGGAUCCCAUAUAAACAAUCUACCUGCGCCCUUCAUCGUCUUUCUUAAAAACCCCAACAAGUUAUCACCACCAUUUAUUAUUCAAAGGUUGAUGGAAAGUUUUGUUAGUUGACACAUCUUUAUGGUUCAAUAAACUAAUUGAGUUAA